UCUGACAUAGACCUAAAUUAGUUGCUAAGAAACUCCAAGAUGGUUAAAAUGGAAAACUUGUGUCUAGAAUUGUGUCGCAACUUACUAAAUUCAUCAGGAUUUGACGCAGAAGAUUUUGAAUUAAAAUCACAUCAAAAGGAAAAUGAAGAAAUAGAGUUAGAAGCAUCUAAUGGAAAUUAUCACAUUAUAUUUAAACUGGCAUCGAAAGAAAAAGGCUUUGACGACAAUUUAUUUUAUUUCGAAACAGAAAAUGGUGUAAUGUACGUAGAAAAUAUAACAGUAAAGGGGUACCAUUGUCCAAAAUACAAUCAGCUGAACCAAAAACAGUUGUUGUCACUCUUUACGAACCUAGCGGUCUAUCAUUCCAAACUUAUUUCAAAAAAUAAAAACCAGAUAACAAAUGAACAACAAGGCAACGUAUUUCAAAGUGAAGAAAGCCAAAAAGUGCUGAAGAAUCUUUAUAAAUUGGCAGAACAUAUAGACAGGAAAGUAGACUUAAAUAUAUUAAAACAAGGUGUAGGUCAAUUAAUUGAUACCAGCAAAGAAGUGUUACAGCCAGUGAAAGAAAAAUUUUGUGUCAAGGGAAGAGUUUUUCAAAAGAAAAUCCUAUUUAACUGCGAUGACGACCAUUAUACAGAAUGUGUAUUAUUUAAUUUACAGAAAGGAAGAUCUAUGUCAAUAAUCUACGACAUGCUGUGUCUUAUUUACUUAACAACUGACCAAGAACAGAGGCGGAAAUACUUUCAUGAAAUAACCAACCAAUAUUACGACACACUUAAAGAUAAUUUAAGUGAUUUAAACCUAGACCUAGGCGCAUACGAAAACGAAAUAAAAACCUGCAUCCCUUAUGUCAAGCUAGAACUGGUUUAUCUCCAUGUAAAAUUUUUGUGUGACGAAAUGAGGAUAAACAGAAACGAAGACAUCCUAGACGUAUUUCGUUCAAAGUACUAUUACAGGAAAUUGAUUUGUGAAUUGAUAUCAGAGAUAUACGAAUACGUUUUGGUUCCAAAAAUUAACAUAGAAGACUGCUUCAAAAUUGUCAAGGACGACAUCGGAACCAAUUACGAAAACUUAAGUUAUCAACUAACAAGUCUAGAUGGAGUUCAAGGGCUCUUAGGAGAAUACUACAAAUUAAAAAUAACUGUCACGCAAAUAGGCAAGGACAGAGUGUUUCAUCUUUUCGCAAAAUUCGUACCAGAGCAAUUUAAAGAAUUAAUGGAUCACGUGUUUUUGAGAGAGGAAUUCAUAUAUAUCACUUUUCUGUCAGAGCUCAAAAAAGUUGGACUUAAAGAUAUCGCCAAUUUUCUUCCAAAGUGCUAUUUUGUGAGGCAAGGGGACGUGAUUAUCUUCGAGGACAUGUCAUAUUCGAACUACAGGGCGCUGAAGUGUGACGAACCGUUUUCUUACAAGAUGCUGCAACUGGUUGUGAAACAAUUUGCAAAAAUGCACGCUUGUACGUUGCUCUACGAAGAAAUAAUGUCAAAAAAAAUGGGAAGAGAGACUAGGAUAAGCGACAAGUAUACAGAAUAUAUUAGAGAAAUGUUGUACGUUAAAGGAAUCAAAUUUAUGGAGGACAUGAAUAAAUGUGGGAUAGAUUCAACUGUCAAUUUUAUAUUUGACCAGUUUCCAGACAUACCCAAAGAAAUUACCAUGGAAAUCUUCCGGGAAAGAACUAGGAAGCUUUUCGACGUCAUGAUCGAGAAAUUUAAAGCAUCUGAAAAGUACAGGAACGUGGUUUGUCAUGGAGAUAUCUGGGGCGGUAACAUACUCUUCAAGUUCGAUGCUGCAACACCGUCAGGGUGCUGCUUUGUAGACUACCAGCUUAUCAGAUACAACCCUCCAGCUCACGACUUGUUAGCCUUCCUGUAUAUAAACACAGACAAGACAACGAGAACCAAGUAUAUGUCCAAAGCUAUAGACCAAUAUUACGAUGAAUUAUCGAGUAUAUUCAAGAGAUACGAUUUUGAUUUGAACAAAAUAUACCCUUACAGCCAUUACAUAGAUUCCUGCAAUUUCAUGAAAUCUCAAGCCGUUUGUCUGGCUGCCCUUACUUAUCCCAAUUCUUUGGAUCGUGACACGAUUCAGAACAUAUCGUUGGAGAAAAAGGUAGAAUUCGCGACUGUGGAUAAAACUGAAGUACUGCAGCAACUGAUGAAGGAUAACAGAGUUAGGGCUAGGUUUAGGGAAAUUGUUGAAGAUCUGUACGAGUUGUGCAUUGAAAAUAACCUAGAGUAAUGUAAAAUUAUUAUGGAAAAAUAAAGUGAUGUCCAAAUGUU